GAAUAUGUCCAACUACAAAGAUAAAUUUUCCACUCUGCUGUGGCUGGAGGAAAUCCAUGCAGAACUGGAAAUCAGAGAAUUCUAUAUGAGUGGCGUAAUUUUGAAAAAGAAUGGCAAUUACUUGGUUCUGGAAGUUCCGGGACUAGCAGAGAGUCGCCCCUCUUUGUAUGCAGGUGACAAAGUGAUUUUAAAAAGCCAGGACUACAACGAGCAUGUUAUCGAGUACAUUGGCUAUGUGACUGAGAUUCAUGAAGAAGAUGUAACCCUUAAACUCAAUCCCGAGUUUGAAGAAGCUUAUAACUUUGAGCCGAUGGACGUUGAGUUUACCUUCAAUCGAACAACCAGCAGAAGAUGUCACUUUGCCGUUGAGCAAGCAAUACACCUGGGUGAAAAAGUGUUAUUUCCAGAAAGUAUCAUUUUACAGUCUCCACAAGUUUCUGGGACUUGGAACUAUUUGCAAGAUACUGGUAAUGAUGAACAGGCUACUCUUAAACAAGGAAAUAAGAAUAAGAAGAAAUCAAAGGAGCCAAAGGAACACACGACCAAGAAAAGAGGAGCCAAUUCCAUCCAUGAUGUGGUGACAUUUGCCACACAGACAAUGAAUGGAGUACAGACUUCGAAAUCGAAAGAACGCGAAUUUUUCAAUCCAGUUCUAAAUGAAAAGCAGAAAUUGGCAGUUAGAAGAAUCUUAAGUGGUGACUGCCGGCCAAUCCCAUACAUUCUUUUUGGACCUCCAGGAACUGGAAAGACAGUUACCAUAAUAGAAGCUGUUUUACAGAUUCAUUCUACUUUACCGGACAGUCGAAUUCUGGUCUGUGCCCCGUCCAACAGCGCCACUGACCUCGUUUGCAUGCGGCUGCAUGAGAGCAAAGUGCUUGCCCCAGGAACCAUGGUGAGAGUGAAUGCCACCUGCAGAUUCGAGGAGACCAUUAGUGACACUGUCAGACUCUACUGCAAAGAUGGGGAAGAUGUCUGGAAGGCGUCUCGCUACCGAAUUAUCAUCACCACGUGCAGCAGCUCUGGAUUGUUCUACCAGAUCGGAAUUGUGCUGGCCGGAGACCCCAUGCAGCUUGGCCCGGUCAUCAAGUCCAGACUCGCUCUUGCCUAUGGAUUGAAUGUGUCCAUGUUAGAAAGACUCAUGUCUCGACCCUUGUAUCUGAGAGAUGAAAAUGCCUUUGGGGCUUGUGGAUCCUACAAUCCUUUGUUGGUUACAAAGCUUGUGAAGAACUACAGGUCACAUUCUGCUUUGCUUUCAUUGCCGUCUAAACUCUUUUACUAUAAAGAACUGGAAUUCUGUGCUGAUACUGAAGUGGUCAACUCCUUGUUGGGUUGGGAAAAAUUACCCAAGAAAGGCUUCCCUCUGAUUUUCCAUGGCAUGAGGGGCAGUGAAACACGUGAAGGGAGAAGUCCGUCAUGGUUCAAUCCGGCUGAAGCAGUUCAAGUCAUGCGCUACUGUUGCCUCCUUACGAAACACAUCUCCAGUGUCGUGUCAUUGAUGGAUAUUGGCGUGAUCACCCCCUAUAGGAAGCAGGUGGAGAAAAUCAGAGUUCUUUUGCGCAAUGUUGAUCUGAUGGAUAUAAAGGUUGGAUCCGUGGAGGAAUUUCAAGGACAAGAAUACUUGGUUAUCAUCAUCUCAACAGUACGGUCAAAUGAAGACAAGUUUGAAGAUGACAGGUUUUUUUUAGGCUUCUUGGCCAAUUCAAAAAGAUUUAAUGUCGCCAUCACCAGACCCAAGGCUUUGUUGAUUGUGCUGGGCAAUCCUCACGUUCUUGUCAAGGAUCCUUGUUUCAGUGCUUUGCUGGAAUACAGUUUAAGCAAUGGGGCCUACAUAGGCUGUGAUUUACCUCCCGAACUACAGUCCCUAGAAGGUCAGGACUAGAGCCACGAUGGGCCUGUACACGUGCCCUGCGUUGUCGCUGGGCCCGGGAGCUCCAGCGAGAGACGAAUCAUGAGUGUCUCCAUUGGCAGCAGAUGGCAGACCCGCCCCGGCCGCCGCUGCCCUUGCCCAGGUUUGUCUCUGCUUCCCCUUGCUGCCCGCCGGUGCCCGGGCUUUUGGCUGGCGCUUCAUCCGGAGCUCGAGCAGCUGGGGCGAGAGCAGCCUGGGGCGUGCCGCAGGCCUCCUGCCUCGCUGCCGCUCUGAAACACGCGCUCUUUUCAGAAUGUGUUGUGUUCAGCCUUCAUAAAUAAACACAAUCAUAGGAGCCUGGCAA